AUGGCACGAACAAAACAAACAGCUCGUAAAUCAACUGGUGGAAAAGCACCGCGCAAACAAUUAGCUACUAAAGCUGCACGAAAAUCAGCUCCAAGUACUGGUGGUAUUAAGAAACCACAUCGUUUUCGUCCAGGUACUGUCGCAUUACGUGAAAUUCGUCGUUAUCAAAAAUCAACAGAAUUAUUAAUUCGUAAAUUGCCAUUUCAACGACUUGUUCGUGAAAUCGCACAAGACUUCAAAACUGAUUUACGUUUUCAAUCGGCUGCCAUUGGUGCACUUCAAGAGGCAUGUGAAGCUUACUUGGUUUCACUUUUUGAAGAUACAAAUUUAUGUGCUAUUCAUGCCAAACGUGUUACCAUUAUGCCCAAGGAUAUUCAAUUAGCACGUCGUAUCCGUGGUGAACGCGCAUAA